ACAUAUAAAGACAAUAAUUUGGGAACAAAACGUGUUGAAUAAAUAUGAGCUAAUGUUGAAUCAUGUGUUGCAAAAAAGUUAUUGAACUAUCACCUUGAUUUACACAUCACACCAACACAAAUAUCCCUACACUCUCAACUGAUCCCUAUUGUUUCAUUUCUUCAACUAUUGUUACGUACCUCUGCUUCAAUGGCUAACUUGAGCUUCAUCCUUGGCGUCAUUGGUAAUGUAAUUUCAAUAUUGCUUUUUGCUUCUCCCAUUUUUUCCUUUGUUUCCAGAAAAACCUUUUGGGGGGUGAUAAAGAAGAAAUCAACGGGGGAUUAUAAAGGAGAGCCCUACAUAACAACCCUUUUGAGCACCAGCUUGUGGACUUUAUAUGGAAUCAUCAAUCCAGAUGGGUUACUUGUAAUGACAGUGAAUGGAGCUGGUGCCAUCCUUCAGCUCAUCUAUGUCAUCCUCUUUCUCGUAUAUGCUCCUAAAGAUGCGAAGGUUAAGGCAGCAAAGUUGGUGUGUGUAGUAAAUGUUGGUGUCCUUGGAACGGUUACCGCUGUAACUCUUUUUGCAGUUCAUAAAAACACAAGGCUCACUUUUGUUGGAAUUUUAUGUACUGCUUUAACCAUUGGCAUGUACGCAUCGCCAUUGUCAGCCAUGAGCACGGUUGUAAAGACCAAGAGUGUGGAGUAUAUGCCAUUUUUACUCUCAUUGUUUCUGUUCCUCAAUGCUGGUGUUUGGUCUGCUUAUGCAGUGCUUGUGAAGGAUAUCUAUAUUGGUGUGCCAAAUGCAGUUGGAUUAUUUCUAGGAUCAGCUCAGUUGAUUCUCUAUGUUAUAUACAAGAACAAGCCUGUUUCAACAAACCCAAGUGAGGCAAUUGAAGAAGAAGAAGAAGAAGAAGAAGGCGGCUCAGCUCACCCAGCGAGAAGAGGCAUAGAGAUGAAUUCAUCACUUGGAAACGUCUAAACAAUGGCAAAAGCCUCCCGAGACCACAUUUUAAUCAACAAUACAACAAAAAAGAGAGUCCCUUUGACUCCAUUUGAGUUGCGACCAGGUUGGACUCGUGACAAUGAUGUAGAGGAUCCAAACAAUGAUCACCCCAUCAUCUUAGGACGUUAAUUAAGCACUGGGAGCUUCAAAGCUUUCAAACUUCUGCCCUUUUUAUUUUUUUCCUUCUUUCAUGUGUCUCGCUUUUCUAUUGUAAACCUAUAAAUGAAAAAUAAAGAAAUGAUUCUCAGGGAGGGUAAUAUAUAUA